AUGUCCAACACCGACUUCCUCGACCGCGCGAUCAAGCAGGUGCGCGUGGCGAUCGACGCCGACAACGCCGGGCAGUACGACAAGGCAUACCAGCUGUACUACCAGUCGCUGGAGCUGUUCAUGCUGGCGCUGAAAUGGGAGAAGAACCCCAAGUCCAAGGAGAUGAUCCGGGCCAAGACGGGCGAAUACAUGGACCGCGCCGAGAAGCUCAAGGCCCACCUCGCCGACGGCGAAGCCAAGCGGAAAAAGCCCGGGAUGGUGGGCGUCAAUGGCGCCUCGACGGCCGGCACGGGGAAGGGCAAGGAGGCGGGCGAGGACGGCGCCCCGGAGCUCGACGAGGACAGCAAGAAGCUGAGGAAUGCGCUGUCGGGGGCCAUUCUGCAGGAGAGGCCGAACAUAAGCUGGGAUGAUGUCGCUGGGUUGGAGGCGGCCAAGGACGCGCUGAAGGAGGCGGUGCUGCUGCCGAUCAAGUUCCCGCAUUUGUUUCAGGGGAAAAGGCAGCCAUGGAAGGGGAUUCUGUUGUAUGGGCCGCCGGGGACGGGUAAGAGUUACCUUGCGAAGGCGGUCGCGACGGAGGCGAAGAGCACGUUCUUCAGCGUGAGCAGUUCGGAUUUGGUGAGCAAAUGGAUGGGUGAGAGUGAAAGGCUAGUCCGACAACUCUUCGCUAUGGCACGAGAGAACAAGCCGGCAAUCAUUUUCAUCGACGAGAUCGACGCGCUGUGUGGCCCCCGUGGGGAAGGCGAAUCUGAGGCUUCUCGCCGAAUAAAAACAGAGAUGCUCGUUCAAAUGGACGGUGUGGGGAAGGACAGCAAGGGCGUUCUCAUAUUGGGCGCGACAAAUAUUCCGUGGCAGCUCGACGCCGCCAUCCGCCGUCGUUUCCAGCGCCGUGUACAUAUCAGCUUACCCGACCUGGCCGCGCGGACGACCAUGUUCAAACUUGCGGUCGGCGACACCAACACGGCUCUCAAGCCGGAGGACUUCCGCGAGCUGGCAAAGGCAGCGGAGGGGUACUCGGGGUCAGACGUGAGCAUCGUGGUGCAGGAUGCGUUGAUGCAGCCCGUGCGGAAGAUCCAGCAAGCAACCCAUUUCAAGAAGGUAAUGGUUGACGGCGUCCAAAAGCGCACUCCUUGCUCGCCAGGCGACCCGGAUGCGGAGGAGAUGACAUGGGAAAAGGUGGAGUCGGAGGAUCUGCUCGAGCCGCUGGUGGAAAAGAAGGACUUUAUCAGGGCCAUCAAGUCCAGUAGGCCAACGGUGUCUCAAGUGGACCUGGAGAAAUACGAAGAAUGGACAAAUGAGUUUGGAAGCGAGGGUGCGUGA